CUAGUACCUUCGUAGUACGGCAUAUCCGCAAUCAAUCCUCAAAUUUCCAUAGAAUAAGGAUAAAUCCUGCUUUGUAGGAGCAUUCGAGCUACUGUGUUUAUUUACAUUGGCCGCCAUGUUUGUUGACAGUACUUCCCUGCUGUUUGCGUUUCAAAAUGAAAGCCCGCUCUGUCCAGACAGCGGCGGUUUCAUUGAAGACUAAGCGUAUGGGUGCUAUUUUGAAAAACAAGCGACUUGCACAUCCGUCUAGCAAAUCGCUGCCAGAGCACAUCGAUUGAGUAGUUUGAACAUCUAGCAAAAAUAUCAAUGUGGACAAAUCCAACGUGAGCCAAAUAUGUUCAGUAGUCACGGUAUUCAGCCCGUUACGGUUGUGCUUAGCAACACGAAAAACUGCUUCCUUCAUCUUUCGUCGAAGUUAAUUUCCCACCUGUCACUGAACGAGAAUCAAGCCUUGGAGUUGUCCAGCAGUCAUGGACCUCCAGUGUUCCUCAGCUGGGCUCUCAACCGAAGCUCCUCCUCCAGCUUUGACAGCCACCGUGUGGAGAUGUGCAGGCAUCUGGGAGAGAAGCUGGGCCUGCAGGAUGGAGAAGAAGGCUUCCUGAGACCGUGUCAGCAGGUCUCGUCAGUGAAUCGAGUCUUUGUGGAGCCUCUGUCGUCUGAUGACUGGGAAAUCUUGGAGCUCCACAGCGGCAUGCUCGAGCAGCAGCUUUUGGAUCAGAUUAGAGUCGUAUUUCAAAAUGCUGUUUUUCCCGUGUGGGUGGACAACCACACAGUCAUCUUUAUCCAGAUAGCGUCGUUGUUGCCAUCUGUGCCUUACGGUCGCCUGGAGCCCUUCACGGAGCUCAUCGUGUCCCCAAAGAACCACGGCAGCCGCCCUGAGGGUCUCUCUCAGCCUCCCCACUGCCUGUCAGACCCCCAGUCCCAAACGAUGCCCUCUUCUGUGCCUCAAAGUCAGCAGUGGGGUGGCAUAGCUGACCUCAAAAGUCUGUUUGGCUACAUGACAAAGGGCACAUGUGACCCAAUCAAGGAGCUCCCCUCUGUCCCGGAUGUCCCCGCCCUCCUGAAGGACUCCCUCUACAGAGUAUCUGGUGUGCCUCCUCUGUCUCCCAGCGCUAUGAGUCACGUGGCUCCAGGCGUGCUUCAUGUCUUUCCUUGGAGCGUCGGAUCGGAUUCAGUCAUUGCCGGAGGUCCGCCUGUGGUGACCUACGGCCUGCUGUCCACGGUCCCGUCCCCCAAGGAGGCCAAGGACAGAGCCAAGCUGGCCGCGGAGAAAAAGAAGGACGGAGCAGACAGAGGCGAGGAGGUGAAAGCAGAGGAAGCGACACUGGUUCGUUUGAUCUGUCAUGACGUUGAUGAGGUGGCAGGUGAGCAAAGAAGGCCCAGCGAGGGAAUGCUCCACUGUGGGAGAGUCUGGAUUCCAGCACCUCUGACCAGCAGGCUGAACAUCUCGCCACACUCCACAGUAAGAAUUAAACCAGUGAGAUCGACAGUGAAAGUUGCAGCCUCCAUUCGCCUUCAGCCUCUAAAUCCGCUGGCGGAGGAGGAAGAGGAGGAGGAGAUCCAGGCAGCCUUCCUCAGUUGGCUGCACACGCAGUGUCACCAACCCUUGGCAUGUUUGACGCCACGCUCCGGCUCCAUCCUCCUACACGCCACCGAUGCCAAGUUAGAGUUCACUGUGACGGUCCUGAAACCAGAACCAGAACCAGAGAGCGACCCGCCAGACCAGCUGUUUCUGCUCACGCCUUUGGGCUUGCAGAAGAAACACAUACAUGUAGUCAGAGAGCCUACCGUCACGUCAUCUGCCGACGCGGAACCCGACCCACCAAAGCCAGAACUUCCCUCAUUAGCUUCACUAGGUGGUGUUGACAUGGUGAGCAGGAGAAGCUUUGAGUUCAUCUCUCACAGUCUGCUAGCUUCACCACUGUCCAGAGAGCUGGGAGUCAUGGCACGGGGCCUCAGAGGAGGAGCGCUGCUCAUCACUGGCGCCAAGGGCAGUGGAAAGAGCGCGCUCUCUCGAGCCCUCUGCAGGAGAGCAGGAGAUGAACUGGAUGCGCACGUGGAGGUGUUGGAGUGCAAGAAGUUGCAAGGAAAACGGGCGGAGACGGUGCGACAGACGCUGCAGGACGUUUUCAUGCAGGCGCAGUGGAAGCAGCCCUCCGUGGUCCUGCUGGAUGACCUGGACCAUGUGACCCGGGCGCCCACCUCACCGGAGCACGAGCAUGGGCCCGAAGCGCUGCUUCACCUGCACGUUGCACAAAGCUUGAUGGACAUUGUGGACCAACUGGUGGACUGCAACAGUCUGAUAUGUUUGAUUGUCACCAGCGUGACUCAGCAGUCCUUAUACAACGACCUCACCUGUGUACGAGGAACACACUUCUUCCAGGGAUUCACACACAUAGAGCCACCUGACCAGGCUCAGAGAGCAGACAUCUUGCGUCAUCUGAUCCAAACAAGGUGCCCUCAGAGCUCUGCGACCUUCUACCUGGAGACUGUUGCCAAGGAGACGGAGGGUUAUGUGCCCCAGGAUCUGGUGGUGCUGCUGGAGAGAGCUGUCCAUGCCAACGCUGCACGAGGGGGAUGCCAUCACCACGGUUUGCGUCUGUCUCAGCAGGACUUUGAGCAGGCUCUCAAUGGCUUCACCCCCCCCUCCCUUUGGGGGGUGGACCUCCAUACGCCGAGUGGAGGUGGGCUGGAUGGGGUGGGGGGACUGACGGAGGUGCGACAGCAGCUCAUGGACACCAUCCUGCUCCCUGCCAAGUAUCCCAUCCUGUUCGCCAAUCUUCCCAUUCGCCAUCGCUCGGGCAUCCUGCUCUAUGGCGCUCCGGGCACCGGGAAGACCCUGCUGGCCCGAGCCGUGGCUAAAGACAGCGGCAUGAACUUCAUUGCCAUUAAGGGACCAGAACUUCUGAGCAAGUACAUUGGAGCAAGUGAAAAGGGGGUCCGAGAUGUCUUCCAGAGGGCUCAGGCAGCCAAACCUUGCGUCCUCUUCUUUGACGAGUUUGACUCUCUGGCGCCCAGGAGGGGUCACGACAGCACGGGCGUGACGGACCGCGUCGUCAAUCAGCUGCUGACCCAACUGGACGGCGCCGAGGGACUAAAAGGUGUUUAUGUCCUCGCUGCCACCAGUCGACCGGACCUCAUCGACCCGGCUCUUCUGCGACCCGGACGCCUGGACAAGUCGCUGUACUGCCCCCCGCCUGAACAGGAGGACCGGCUGGCCAUCCUGAAGGUUCUGAGCGCAGGAGUCCCCAUGGCGGCUGACGUGGACCUGGAGAUGCUAGCUGCCCAGACCGAAGGCUUCACCGGGGCGGACCUAAAGGCACUGCUGUACAACGCCCAGCUGGAGGCGCUAAACAACAGCCUGGAUGCUGACGCUACAACACACGACGGGCUGACAGGUGACAUGAGCCUGUCCUCCAUGCUGUUCCCCAACCACAGCUGCAGCUCCGAUGAGCCGGUGGACGAGGGGGACGCUGGCGUGGGCCCGGAACCUUCCAACCACCACCAACAAAAUCAUGGCGGCAAUCUGUGGAGGCUCUACUUUGGAAACUCCUUGGAAUCGGAGUGUGGGAAUCCACCAGCAGCAGCAGAUGUGUGCAUCGCGCAACCCGACUCCCUGACCUACGACCGCCCGGCGUGCGCUCUCGCUCCCACGCUGCCCCCCAUCAUCAUGUCGUCCCUCCGUGGCGGCUUGGAGGAGCUGAGCGACGAGCGUCUUCAGCGCCUCCAAGAGGACGUCCAUCACAUUAAGAUCAACCACCGCCGAGCCAAGGGGGAGCGGGCGCGGGGCCAGUCGGCCUCCAGCAGGCCGGGCUUCCUGCUGUGUCACGCUCACCUGCACGCCGCCCUGGACGUCACCAGGCCGUCUCUCAGCACAGACGACUGGAGCAGAUACACGACGCUGUAUGAGGCCUUCAGAGGUUCGGGGGCGGGAGUUUCGGCACAAACAUUCCGACCCGGACAACGUGUGACGUUAGCCUGAUGACACCCCUGUGGUGAUGCAGCAUAAUUACUGUACAAUUAAAACACCCAAACCUCCGUGUAAUUCAUAAAGAUAUUUUAAAUCUAAAAAGUAUUUUUGUUCUCUAAAUGAACUCAUUUUGGUCUACUUUUUGUACUGGUUGUCAUGAGAUGUUGCCGAAAGAAGAGAAGACGCACGAAGCAUUUAGUCUUUCAACCUUUAAUGUAAACAGCAGUUUUUGUGGGGCUUCGGAGGAAGAAAAAAACAACAAAAAAAGACAAAACAUGUUUUAAAUAGGAAGGCAAAGGGAGGACGGGGGCGGGGGUAAAUACUGUAUAUAGAUAUAUAAAAAAAAU